AUGGCUUCGGCUGAAUCUGAUCAAGGCAUUAAGACUUUUCUUGCGUCGAACUGGUCCAACACGCUAAUGUAUAUUACCAGGCUUGUCACGAUAUUCAGCUGUCUCUUUUAUUUCUUGGGCUCAUUAUUCGGAAACACGUAUCCAUGGUAUCAGCGUGCCAUUAUUGCUAAUGCAGCUACUUUUGCACUUCGAUUACACCAACGUAUUGCUCAAAGUGGGAAUCAACCACGCCUAUCACAGGAAUCUGUACAGCUAAUUGUCUCCGAGGAUUCUCUGCAUUAUCUUCUUUAUUCCAUCAUCUUUCUACUGACUCCUCCAGUUACUGUCGCUCUCGCUCCCAUAUUUUGCUUUGCUUCCCUUCAUUGCCUCGGGUUCACCCAGAAUCUCUUAACGAUAUACGUCGGUAAGGCAGAAAUCCCACCCAUUUGGGCAACGAAAGCACGUGACCUUGUUUCUAAGGCGCAAAGUCAGGGUGAUAACAUACUGCGUAUUGUUGCCAUUCAUGAAAUUCUUCUAAUGAUUAUCUCUAUUGUACUUGCCUUCUCUGGUCGCACUCUACUUCUGCCUUUCUUCUAUUACCAUUUCCUCAAACUUCGUUACGCAUCUCGUCGAAAUCCAUAUUGUCGACGUAUAUUCUCUGAGCUUCGAAUCGCAUUUUGUCAACUAGCCAAUCAUCAUAAUUGUCCCCACUUCGUCAAAUCUACCAUUCACGGUACUAUUAAUUUCAUCUCAAAACUCAGCCCACCGGAUCAUUCACCGUUCACUUAUGGAGUGUGUUCUUGCAAGAACAUCAGUUUAUCGCUACACAAUGCUUUCCAUAGUAAAUACUAUACUUUUGUUGUCCGUCUCUCUUACAUUAUGCGAGCGGCUUUGAGUUUUCCACCAGGUCUUGAGGACUGGCGGCUGAGGUUGCCUUUGCGAGCAUUAGCUCAGCCUGUGGCGACUGGGUUGCGUGCUGGUUCUAGUCUGCAGCCACCUGGGCGUGUCUUCGCUGUUUCUGCCCUCCGAUACGCCUUCGGGGUGGGGGUUUGCACUUUCCGGCCCGACGACUCGCAGAUAAAUGAAGAUAAACCGUAUAUGCUGCAUUCUUUGUAUGUUCGUCUGAAUCUCGAUAAAACUGAAAUGGACUCCGAUUACUUGGCAUCAAAGCGGAGUGCUUCCAAAGAGCCUAAUUCACUUUUCCGAUCAUCUCCAAAAAGGCUGAAGCUAUUUAAUUUUGGUUUCAACAGUGAUAGGAUAUCACUGUUACUCGAUCAGCCGAUGCCAGAGUCCCAUUCGAUUGCAUACAGCGUCCCCGUUACUCAGGCUGAUUCGGACAAAGUGGUAUCUUCUGUAAAGCGUGAAAAUCGAGAACAAACUUCGUUUUGCGCCGCUAAGCAGUGCAACCCAUGUGGAGGACGGGUUCAUGGAAGUAACGUGCCUUUCCGUGCCCUUGCAUCCGGUUCCCAUUCGAAAAUGACCGACCUUUUAACUGAACCCAGUCCUAAUAAGCCUCCAAUCGAUUCCCAGGUUGACGGAAAACUGAAUAGGUCAAAUGAUGCUCACUCUCUUUCUAACAGCUCCUCCUCACCUUAUAUGUGUCCCAAAUGCUCGAAAACUUUUCGAACUAAACUACUCUUGACGCACCACAAUGAUACUCACGACCCUAGUAAGAAUCAUCGUUGCAGUUUUCCAGAUUGUGAAAGGGCAUUUCGUUCGCAAAAAUAUCUCGACAAUCAUAUCAAUGAUCACCAUCGUGCUUCAUCGAAUCUCAAGUGUCCCCAUCCUUAUUGCAGCUUCAUUGGGACCAAAAGGACCGACUUAAAACGUCAUAUUGCAGGCACCCAUAAAUCAACCCCAUUGAAUCAGAGCCCGAAUUUUCUCUCCUUCGAUGAUGCGUGCAACGAGGGAGGAGAGUGUUUAUCCGAUGAAUUCUUUGAUGACGCCAUGGAAGUUAUGUCGCGAAACCUCAAAGAGAUAUAUGCAUCAAUGCCUGCACUUUCACCUGUCUACGUCGUCAACACUUCCCUCGAGGCUAACGCAGCAGUUUUCAGUCGAGAUCACUUCUCUCCUGAUGAGACUAGUUCGACAAUCUCCGCUCCAUCCUUCUCUAACGGAGGCUGUGUGACUGGAGCUGCCGUGACACCUCCGUCUAGCAACCUCCAUUGUUCCUCACCCGUCUCCUUUCCUUCGCACAGCUACGGCCAGCACCACUUACAACCCUCUGAUUCCAGCACCCAGUGGCUUUUUCAAGGCACUAUGUUCAAUAGCUCAUCUGUGGUUGUCGACUCUCCAAAUGGUGUGCCUCGUACCCGACCCCCUUACCCUCCCACCAAGUCACCGUUUGGAAAGGACCACAGCAGUUUUCCGUCUGAAGUGAAUCGCAUUCGGUGCUCACCUCCAGGUGAUUGGGACCAUUCUUUCCAAUUGAAUGGCCGUUGUAAUUACAAUUCCCAAUACCCAUACGCACCGCGAUGUGGCACUACUACUGCUCCCAUGUCCUCAUCUACCAACGAUACAAAUUCAACGAAUCCACAGGAUCAAAAUGAAAGGAGAGAAAAAAAUCUCUUAACAUCGGCCUUCACUCCGCUCCCUAAUCUAGAAUGCAGAAUGGCUGAUUUUCUCACGAAUCGGGAAAUGGUUGCAACCGGCCUACUGAUUCUCCUUCGAGGGCUUCCAGGUUCUGGGAAAUCUAAGCUUGCAAAUCGUCUGCGAUCCCGCUAUUCCACUAUGACCACGGUGAUUAGACUGGACGAUCACCUUCCCAAAUGGCGUUUAGGGACCUCCCUUUCAUCAGAUUCCCUAAUGCUGGCUGACGCUCACGCUGCUUGCAAACAAGCUGCUUGGUCUGCUAUGCAGUCUGGAGUGCGCUUUGUUGUUAUAGACAUUGAAAAUCUGAAGUACUCCGACAUGAUGCCUUACGUAUCCGAGGCUAUCAAUACCAAUUAUGAAGUGCACUUCGUUGAACCGGAUACCUCGUGGCGCUACUCUGCGCGGGCACUUGCUAGGAGGAAUCGGCGCGGUUUGACUGAGAACCAACUGCAACACCUGUUGGAGCGUUUCGAGCAGUUCUGGACCGCCGAAGAUGUCGUUGCUGAGCUAAGACGGCGAAAAAAUGCUUCAAUUAAAUCACCGAAGAACCCGGCGCCGUGUGAUCCUCAAUUGCACAAUACUGCGUCACUUGAUCUACAGGCUCCUACUCCGCCAAUCUCCAGUGAAAUUGUAAAUCCAGGCAACCUAGCCGCCAACCUUAUGAAGUCACUUGGUAUAGGUGAGGCAACCAGAUCCUCUGAUCCUGCUUCUUCUUUUGCUGCUACUCCAGCGGAUACUGAUGCUGUGGCACGACUUCACGAGAUGUUUCCUCAGCUGCAACUCUCCUACCUGGAAGCUUUGAUCCUUUUGACAGAAGGUGAUUUUGUUUACGCGGCUGCAAUUGCUGCUGAAUGUAAGGAACAAACUUCAAUGAACAGCAGUUCCGAUGAGGUCUUUAAAUCACUAACCAGCCCGCUUGAUUCAAGGGCAAAAGAGGAGGAGGAGGAGACACCUCUCAUUGAUCCGGAAAAUGAGAAUGCUCCUUUGCUUGGUGAAGAAUCUUCUCAAGAAUCACUUGGUGGGUCUUUGGACGACGCUUAUCAAGCCAAAAUGGCACCACUUAUCCAUCUUUCGCCCCAUUUCUUGAAAUCCGCCUACACAGAAUACGCCUCGGAGCUUGGUCUUCCGAAGCUCCUGCUUGAUUUUGACGAAAUGCCUCCAGAGGUGUUUAAUGAAUGGGUGCCAGAUGAAAACAUAUCAAAGCAAAUUUUACUGAGUUUCUUGAGUCAGCUCGGCUGCUUGAAGAAUAAUAGAAAAAAGAAUUGGAAUCCUCGAUAUCGGAAGUUCGUUUCAGAUGAUGUCAAAUUUAAACUGCCCAACGUAGGAACUGGCGCUUGCAAUCCAGUGAAUUCAAACGUUCCCGAUUUGGGAAGCAUUUUAAUAGAGGAAUCAGCCAUUCGUCUGUCUGUUUUGGAACAGAAAAAGCACUUUGAAAAGCCUCAUGCUCGAAAAGCCUUGGACAAACUGGUAAAAGAAUAUCCAGGCACUGAUCCCGAGGUCAUUAUGGAAACCCUAGUCCGAUGCGGAUUUGAUGUAGACGCAGCAACAGCAUGCCUGGUAGCGGGAGUGCUGGACUUUGCGACCUUCAACGCCGCCGCGGAUACCUCUGGAUUUCAGCCACAGGCAUCCUCCACUUCUGCCUCUCCGCAAGUCUCAUCUGUGUCCACUGACCACCGAACUCUCUUGACUGGCCCUCCACGUCUGAACGUCAUCAUCGAGGAGGACGAGGCCCGCCGGCGAUCUCUCACUGACAAAUCGAAGAACAAUCAAACGCUGGCCGUUAGACUGAGGUUUCAUCGUUUGGCUGAUCAAUUCCCCAGUUUCACCAAAUCUUACCUGGCGGAGCUGUUCGCUCAGUUUGGUUUCAAUGAGGAUAGGGUACGUCACCACCUUGAGGCAGAGGGUCACAAAGCCCAGCCAACACCUUCGGUGCUCUCACUUAAGGAGAUCGAGGAACCGGCUGAUUCAAGUCCAUUCCCUCCUUCCUCCAUCUCGACCGACGCCGCUCAAAGUCUCAACCUCCUGGAGUUGGAAGUCGCGGAUCUUAGAGAAAACAUUAAACAAAUGAAGGCCACUCUGGCUAAGAUUCGUCAGACGCGCACUCAUCCUGGCGUCACAGCCUUCUAUCGCGAUGAGCUGCAGGAAAUGCGUCUGCGACUAGAGUACCGAUUAGACCUGUGGAGUGAUCUUCGGGUGGCCUUGAGCUCACAGCAGCAGGUAGCGAAAAAAGUGGCGGCAGAGGGAACGGGUAGAAGUCAGGGACCGGAGAGACGGGACUCGCAGUGGUAUGCGCGUCAGUGGCUCACCAUUCUUGACCUGCACGGCCUUGACCUGCAUCACGCCAUGCACGCCCUACGCCAGCGUCUCCGCCUCCUGGAGUCGGGCUGUGCCUCUCUCGGCACUCCCCUGCCUCCCGAAUCCGCCAGCGUCGCCAGCGCAGACGCUUUCAGCGAGGCCGUCAGGCUGCCUAACCACUGGCUCCCCAAGCAUCUCACCGUGAUCACUGGCUGGGGCUCGAGCUCACCUCGUCUCGGCAGCCGUAAACCCAGCUCUACUCUGCGUCACAACGUUAUCAACUUUCUUCGUACCGCUGCCUAUGACUUCGAGGAGAUGCCUUUCCGCGGCUCUGGUCGCUUUGAGGUCCGACUUGGUGCCAAACAGCACUAA